CUUGCGCAUCCUUUACUGCGCGCUGGAAUUCCGUCCCUAAUUACUGGACAUCCUCCCCGUUGCCGCAGCAACGCCGCCAUAAAAGCUGUCUGAGAGUCUGGAGCAUUUGUACAAUUGGAGUGCAGUGCAAUAAACCGUCUGAGACCCAAGGUUAUUAACUGUGUUACCAAGGAGGCGAGAGCAACGACAGGGAGAGGACGGGUAGGAAAAGCCUCUGCUUGUUGGCUGCAUCGACUUCAUUUGAGAGGCUUUCCCCUUUGGUUUAUCCACCUCGAAUCAGUUUGGUGGCAACGGCUGCACUCAGGAUUUAGACCUUCCUCUACCACCGGGCGGCGCUAUUGGGACCAAUGUCAUGGCCGUGGAUCUUUUCGUCUCCCAAGCUCACCUCGAAUGCACGCAGCUCCAUGAUGGAUAUCGCUGUGGCUGCUACGUAGCCUCGGAGUGGGAGGGACUGCUCAGCAUUCCAGCAUUUCCAUUGGUUUUACAGUCCGCACGGCGGAGAGGGGGGGUGCCUCUAAUCAUAUCCAGCAUGUUUUGCACAAGAAAUGUCAGCCAGAAAGGGCUAUCUUCUCCCUUCGCCAAAAUACACCACAAUAAUGUCAUGUUCGGACAGCCCGUCAGGAAAUGCGUUUUUAGUGGACUCUCUGAUCAGUGGCCGCACCGAGAGCGGCGGAGGUCACUACACGGGGAGCGCGGUGUGUGUGCCUCAUAGCACCGCUACUGAAGUGCCUUACGGACUACACAACUAUGGAUACUUCCCAAGUAUGGGUAAACGGAGCGAGGUGGGUCCCCAAAACAUGGUUACAGCUUCAGGCGCGUACAUGUCCAGUAUGGAGAUGUGGAUGGACGCGCAGAGGUCAUGUCGAAUGGACCAAGAGCACCCGGUAGGUCCCCAGGUCGCGCCCUGCUCGUUCCCGCAGAACAUUAAAGAAGAGAGCACUUACUGCCUGUAUGAGCAGCCGAAGUGCCCUAAAGCCUCAACCGCCGAAGAUCUCACUUAUUCGAGGUUAACUACAGCCGGCCUCGGGUCGAGUUCUUGUACAGUUACCGAUGGCGGCGGCGGCGGCGGGGGCUCAGUGCCUGUGCCGGGCUACUUCCGCUUGUCUCAGACGCACGCACAUUCUCAUAAACUUUACAACACCAACGGCCCCCAGCCGAACCCUUCCCAUUCUCAUUUUGGCCUACACCCCACUGCUCCUGCCCGCUUCCACACGCCACCAACCUCGACUUCUGCUCCAGCCACGGCGCAGGAAAGGAGGAACACCGAGGAGCCCGUGUCCUCGGGAAACGCAGACCUGCAACCUCACGCUGCACCGGGGAACGAGGAAGCACGCGAGUCCUCGGAUGCAGAAGCCUCCUCAGCUGACGAGACAGAAGAGCAUGACAAAGAAAGACCAGCAAAGACCACUAAAGGUGACACAAAAAGUGAAAACACGGCCAACUGGCUGACAGCAAAGAGCGGCCGGAAGAAACGGUGUCCAUACACCAAGCACCAGACACUGGAGCUGGAGAAGGAGUUCCUCUUCAACAUGUACCUGACCCGAGAGCGCCGCCUAGAGAUCAGUAAAAGCGUCCACCUGACGGACAGACAGGUUAAGAUCUGGUUCCAGAACCGCAGGAUGAAACUGAAGAAAAUGACGCGGGAAAACAGGAUCCGGGAGCUCACCUCAAACUACGGAUUUUCGUGAUGAACGAGGUGAUCACAUUGAAACAGAAGAAAAUUAGUGAAAUCAAUGACAUACCCCCCCCAACCCACCCCCACCCACCUCC